CUUUGCACCACGUUUUCACGUCCUUUUUCACCGAACUACGAGUCGGCUGAGCGACAGACACACUUGAAUCAUGCCGCAGAACGAGUAUAUGGAACGUCACCGUAAGCUUCACGGUCGACGGUUGGAUUAUGAAGAACGCAAACGUAAACGUGAGGCUCGUGAGCCCAAGAAACGCGCCGCGACGGCCAGAAAGCUCCGUGGUAUCAAGGCCAAGUUGUACCAGAAGGAGCGUCGCAAUGAAAAGAUCCAGAUGAAGAAAAAGAUUCAGGCGCACGAGGAAAAGAAGGUUAAGAAGACGGCAGAAAAGGUGGAAGAUGGAGCGAUCCCAGCAUAUCUCUUAGACAGAGGCAUACAAUCGAGUGCUAAAGUCCUUUCGAACAUGAUCAAACAGAAACGGAAAGAGAAAGCAGGCAAAUGGGACGUGCCAAUUCCAAAAGUGCGCGCUCAAUCAGACGCCGAAGUAUUCAAAGUUCUACGGAGUGGCAAGAGCCAUCGCAAAGCGUGGAAACGGAUGGUCACAAAGGUCACAUAUGUCGGAGAGAAUUUCACACGUAAACCACCAAAGUACGAGAGAUUCAUUCGACCGAUGGCACUUCGUUUCAACAAAGCACACGUUACACAUCCCGAACUGCGAGCCACGUUCCACCUGCCAAUCAUUGGCGUCAAGAAAAAUCCGAAUUCACCGAUGUACACCAGCUUGGGCGUCAUCACGAAAGGUACCGUCAUCGAGGUCAACAUCUCAGAACUCGGUUUAGUGACACAAAGUGGCAAAGUUGUGUGGGGCAAAUAUGCACAAGUGACCAAUAACCCCGAAAAUGAUGGAUGUAUUAACGCAGUUCUGUUGGUGUGAACGUAUUAGCUUAAGAAUUUUUGAACAACAAAAAAUAAAUGCAUUAAAAUAAUUUUAA